AUGAAAGAAGAAACGGACAUAUCUUUAGGACUCAGCUCUACUGAACCCUCAGAUGUAGAGUGCAGUUCGUGUACAGGAAGGAAGCGCAAAGCAGAGAAGACCUGUUUGCUGUGUUUGUCUUCAUACUGCGAAGACCAUUUGAACGCCCACAACGAUCUACAUGCAAACGCAAAGAGGCACAAGCUGGUGGCGGCUACGGGAAAACUAGAAGAGCGCAUCUGUCCCGAACAUGACAAACUGAUGGAGGUUUUCUGCCGCACAGAUAAGCAGUGCAUAUGUCACAUGUGCAUUACACAAAAACACAGAACUCAUGACGUCGUCUCGAUUGACCACGAAGUGGCUGACGUGAAAUUGAAGCUUGCGAAGACACAGAGGGAGAUUACUGACAGGAUCACAAGCAGAGAGAGCGAUAUGCAAGCAUUACAACAAGCAAUCGAGGAUUUCCAGGCUUCAACAAGGCAGGCAGUGGAAGCGAAUGAGAAGAGCUUUACAGAGCUGAUCCGCACCAUAGAAUUAAGACAGGGUGAGGUAAAGAAGCUGAUCCUGGAUCAGGAGGAAGAAGCCAUGAAGAAGGCCACAGAACUUUUGAAGCGACUGCCAUCAGAGAUCACCGAUCUGAAGAGGAGAGAUUUUGAACUACAGCGCCUGGAGCGGCUCUCUCAAGCAGAUAACGGCGUCUGUUUUCUACAGGGUAUUUUGUCCACUCCUCCACUUUCUUCAUCCAUGUCUUCCCCUGUCCUCUAUGUCCAUCCAUACUCCUCUUUUCAACUUGCCAUGGAAGCGGUCUUGGACCUUAUAAAGCAGAUAAACCACGUUUGCAACUUGCACUUUGCCAACAUCAGCAAACAUGUCCAGACGGCGGACAUUCUGAAAUCGCCCGAGUUGAAAAUGCGGGAUCUUUUAUUGCAAAACACUUCCAAGCUCACGCUGAACCCUGACACUGCACACAUGUCUCUCCGCUUGUCCAAAGAGAACAAGGAGGUGAAUGCCAUGCCCCAGGCACAAGAUUACAAAAGCCAUCCGGACAGAUUUGACUGCAGAGCACAAAUCCUUUGCAAAGAGCGUCUUCAAGGCACCCCACAAUACUGGGAGGUCGAGUACAACGCCAACAUCUGGGUGUGCAUCGCUGUGUCCUACACCGGAAUCUACAGGAAAGGAAAAAAGGGUGUUCUCUUUGGAAGAAACCGCUGUUCCUGGGGUCUACGCUGUUAUUCUACUUCCUACCAAUUCUGGCAUGAUAAUAAGUACAUAGCUGUUAACCAUAACAAGCGUUGCCCCAGAAUAGGGGUGUAUCUGGAUCAUGGAUUAGGUAUUCUGGAGUUUUACAAUGUCUGCAACGAUAUGAGUCUUAUCUAUAAGGCUCAGAUCAAUUUUACUGAGCCUGUGUAUGCUGGGUUUGGAAUGGGAGGAAAAGGCAGUCAAAUCAAGCUCUGUGAUUUGAAGGAAGAGGAGGAGGCCAUGAUGGACUAACAGACUAAGCUGUAGGAAUAGAGAGUGUGGAACAACUAUGUAAUGAUUCAACCUUUAAGCACCUUAUGAACGUACAGGGAUUGUUUUUUCGGGUGUAGUUAUACAAAUCAACAUCAUUUUCUCUCUGUAGAGAACAAAAAAACCUUUCAGCAGUAGCAAGAAAUAUGUUACAAGGAUAUUCUACUGCGUUCUGUACAAAAACACUGUUGACAUCUUGAAGUUCUUGCAUGAUCGCUUUGAUAAAACUGAUUUAUAGGUUCUUGUUAGGCAGACGUGACACUUAAUAAUAAACGAAACUUCUAUUCAUCCAUCAGUUUUCUGUACCAUUUAUCCUUUGCAGGGUCAUAGGCAACCUGGAGCCUAUUCCCCUAAAAUCAGGAUACAAGGUGGGGGACACCCAUCACAGGGUACAAUCACAUUCACUCACACAAUUUAGAGUUGCCAAUCAGCCUAUAACGCAUGUCUUUGUUCAGGGGGAGGAAACCAGAGUACCCAGAGCAAACCCCUGAAGCGAACAAUUUAAAACGUUUCCAAAGGAAAACGCAUUAUACAAACAUAUUAGCUGCAAUAACGUAAUAACAUGCUAUUCCACAACAGUUAACUAUAAAUGGAGAAAUUGUCUUAAAAUAACCUUUCUUCUUUAAGUAAAGAACUGUAACCCAUUCUUCACAAUAAAAUA